UGGAACAAGAUGGCGUCUGCUAGAAACGGAGAGUCCUUUUUGUCUGUUAUGAGAAAUAGUUCGUGAGAAUCAACGUUACCGAUACAUCUUGGUCUCUGUGUGUCCGGAUAAACCUUCUGAAUGGACUUUUCUCUCAACGUGUUUCCUCUGACUCAUCUCCCGGUAGCCUACAAAGCUAUUGGAGUUAGCUUAGCAUGCUAGCUGGGACGGAAGUGAUCCACACAGCGCUAGUCAGAGUUUAAUGAGAGUAAACGGUGUUUGUGACGCAGUGUGUGUGGUUGUGUGAAAAUGUCUAAAGUCCAAAUGCUGAGAUGUUUAGUCAACCAGCGACUAACUGCGGCUGCUGAAGAGAUAUUUGGUGUGUUUGAAAGAACGAUAGCAGAGUACGAGGAGGAACUCUCUCGUUCAAAAGAGGAGAACGAGCGACAACGGAGACUACUGGACGCUGUUUUCAUCCCUCAGCUUCGGUUACACAGAGCAGACCUUCCGCAGCUGUUGGUGAAUAACGAAGAGAUUCAGCAGCAGGAGUGGAGCUCCAGUCUGGACCAGGAGGACCCAGAGCCCCUACACAUUAAAGAGGAACAGGAGGAACUCUGGACCAGUCAGGAGGGAGAGCAGCUUCAAGGUCUGGAGGAGGCUGAUAUCAAGUUCUUAUUCACUCCUGUGAAGAGUGAAGAUGAUGAAGAGGAAGCUCAGUCCUCACAGCUUCAUCAAAGACAAACUGAACAGAUGGAAACAGAAGGUGAUGGAGAGGACUGUGGAGGACCAGAACCAGACAAGAACUCGGAUCUAGAACCAUAUCCUGAUAACAAGACUGGAGACUCUUCUGAACCUGAGACUGAUGACUGGAAUGGGACCAGAGAACCUCAGUCAGGUCUAAACUCUGUGAAUAAUGAUGAUGUUUCUGUCAGUGAUUCAAUGUCUAGUGCUGGUGUGAAACCAUUCAGCUGCUCUCACUGUGGGAAAAGAUUUGGCUGCAGAUCAUUUUUAAAAAGACACAUGAGAACUCACACAGGAGAGAAACCAUUCUGCUGCUCAAUCUGUAAGAAAUCGUUUGCUCAGAGUGGAGAUUUACAGAAACACGUGAGAAUCCACACGGGAGAGAAACCAUUUGGCUGCUCAGUCUGUGGUAAAGCUUUCAGUGAUGGGGGAAACCUGAAGGGACACAUGAGAACCCACACAGGAGAGAAACCAUUCAGCUGCUCAGUCUGUAAGAAAUCUUUUACACGCAGCGAUAGUUUACAGAAACACAUGAGAAUCCACACAGGAGAGAAACCAUUAAGCUGCUCUGAGUGUGGGAAACGAUUUGGAUUAAAUGGAACUCUGACGAGACACAUGAAAAUCCACAUCGGAGAGAAACCAUUUGGUUGCUCAUUUUGUGAUAAAAGAUUUUUGCGCAAGGAAGAUAUGAAGAGACACAUGAUAACACAUACGGGGGAGAAACCCUUCGACUGCUCAGUGUGCGGCAAGAGAUUCAUACAAAAGGUACAGCUGACACACCACAUGAGUAAUCACACAGGAGAGAAACCCUUCAGCUGCUCUGUGUGCGGUAGAGCCUUCAGUGAAAGUGGAAAUCUGAAGAAACACAUGAGAAUCCACACGGGGGAGAAAAGAUUCAACUGCAGUGUUUGUGACCAAAGAUUCACUUUGAUUUAUCAGCUCAGGAACCACGAAUGUAUCGGACUUCAGUCCUCACAGCUUCACCAGAGACAGACUGAGGAGGACAGAGAGGCGGAGCCGUCAGCCAUGAACUGAACAAAUGGAAACAACAUCUCAUAUGAGCAACGCUAUGGAUUUGGUUGAAACUAUUCCACAUACAUGACUGUUUUAUAACUCAUUGAUGAGAUUACAUCAACUCCAGAUAAAAAAGAGGACACUGGAGGAUUGUUCCUGGAUGUAUCAAAAGAUUUUCAUAAAUUAAGGUCCUAUAGCUUCCAAGAUUCAGUACUUUUAUGGUUAGUGUUCUUCUCUUAAAGUAAACAUCUGGUAUGGGGUCCCACAAGGAUCAAUCCUGGGUCCUCUUCUUUUUCUUAUUAAUGUAAAUGACCUAGUUUCUGUCUCCGAAACUGUAUUUACUGUUUAAUUUGCUAAGGAUACCUGUCUGUUUCUAUCUAAAACAAAAAAAACAAUGUUGAAAUUCUGAUGAGGAAUCAACACAGAGAUGUUUAGGGAUGCAAAAUGGUUUAGGAGGAAUACGCUGUCUCUUACAGAUUUUCUUAUUCACUUAGAUUUUUACUUUUACGAUUAUUUAGUUUCUUAUUACUUUUUUGUGGGUGAUUUUUUAAAAUUUUUUUUUUUAUAUUACGAAGCCUGUUAGGCUUUUGGCCUCCCUCACAGAUUCUGUUAUUAUUAUUAUUAUUAUUAUCUCCUCCAGGAGGAUCAUGCCAUCGGUCUCGUAUGUGAGUGCAUAUGUGACCUCUGUGUCUGUCCACUGAUCUCUCAUCCUGUUGCAGAAAGCUGCAUCAUGUUCUGGCUGCAUGCUCAAAAACCUCUGAUGGUGACUCGCAUGUUCUCAGAUCACCUUUUACCUCCUGACUGCCUGCUGACUCCUCGCUCACUACUCCUAACGGCCAGUAGGGGCCGCUAGUGGUAACACUGCUGAGUGCGUGGCCGAUAAACCCAGACACUACUCACCACAGUGAGGUGGUAAGAGCUAACGGAUAUAACAUACACAGACUGCUCACUUUGAUUGUUUUGUACGUCGUGUUUGGUUUUAAACUCAAAUGGCUAACGGAACUAGCAGUUCUAUCUGUUCUCACACUUUGUGUGUGAGAGUCGUGCCACUCACCCAAAGUGUUAAGAAGAGCUGUAAAAAUGUCCGAGAACAGACAUACCAGACUUAUAUCCACCAAAAAGAGCCUUAAAUCAGCAGCGAGGGAGCAUUUUGGAUAUAAAAUGACCAGAGAGUCAUGUGACUCGCUGAUUAAUUACACAGUUCAACCAUCAAAGAGUGAAAGAGUUUUACUGACGGUCGUCAUCACAAAGAUCUGAAGAUCAUUCAUGCUUUCUAGUAGUGCUGGGCGGUAUACCGGUUCAACCGGUUUUAAUUUCCCGUAUGAUAUAAAUUUUUCAUAUACCGUCAUGCACAGCCGAAACAACUUAUGUCGCUCUUCAACAGGCAGCAAAAUAUAUUGUUCGCCGCUGAGAGUGCUGCGGUGGGAGCUAGUUAUCUUAGCUGUAUUGAGAGGGAACCCUAGUCUUGGUCAUAACUUUAUAGCAACAAUUAAUAA